AAUCGUGUGAUAUAGAUUUUCUUUAAAAAAAAUAAAACAAAAGAAAAAUCGCGUGUUAAGGAAAUAUUCCAGUGAAAUCUAUUUCAUAUAUUUAACAUAAUAGAAAGUUAAACCUACCAAAAAACAAAUCAAACAAUAUGAUGAAAUUCAUUAUUCUGUGCUCUUUUAUUGUGGCCGCUACAGCCGCCCUAAAAAUCCAUGAUUACCAUGGUCAUGGUGGUCAUCAGGAAUACGAACACAUCGAAUAUGCCAAACAUGAAGAACCCGCCGAACAUGUCGAAGAAACAGAACUCCAUCACGAAGUAGAACACAAACAUGCCACAUCCCAUCAAAGUGUCAAACUGCAUCACUAUCAUGCUGUGCCUGUGUACAUCAAGAAAGAAGAUCAACAUUUGGUCAAGAAACCUGUAGAAAUUGGAGGCACUAAACAAAAAUUGAAAAUCCUCCAUCCCGAAACUGAAAAGAAUCACAAUCAUGGUUUAGUUUUGGAAGAACACAGUGAAUCGAAAUUCCACGAACACGGUCACUACGAAGAACCCCAACACUAUGAACACUAUCAUCACCAUGAAUAAGUUGACAUUGAUGUGUUAGAAAUAAUGUUCCUUCUUUGUUCUUACCAACCAACCAGCAAGAAGAAAAUAUCUAGCUACAAAAAUUGCCAAAUUAUUCCAUAUGUUCUAGAGUUGAAAUAUAAGACUACUUACUUUACUGAUAAAAAUACAUUAAUUUUUGAUGUAAAAUGUUCACGAAUAUGUAUAGUUAAAUACAUAUUGUGUAAUUAAUUUUAAGUUAAGUUUUUCAAUGUAUUUUUUAAAUAAAUAAUAAUAAAAAUAAAUAAAAAAAAAAACAAAA